AUGGCCAACUGCCAGCGGUCAUUUGUAUCAGCCGCCGAUGUUCGUGAUCACAUCGUCAACGUCCACAGAAAGACUGCUGAGGAGAUGCCAUGUGGAGAGUACACCAUAAACACCGACUGGUUUCUUGACAAGCACCGAGCGAAUUGUGACCACUGCGAGCAUAAAAACGAUGCCGGAUCAAACACCGCCGGUACCCCUGAGGCCGAUCCACGCGAAGGCGAGGCACCCCGAGACAGUCGAAACCAAUGGAUCAUCGUCAAUGGCUCGAACCAUGGAAUCAUCUAUGUGUUGGCCGCCUAG